AUGACUGAGAGAAAGGAAAAGACUACUCCUUUGUCCUACUGUACCAAAAAGUGGCUUAAUUCUUAUUCGGUUCUGGAGAAUGCAGUUCUUCUCGGCAGCAACGGUAGAAGAGUAGGCCGAAUCCCAAAUAGCGGCCUAUUCUCUGAACACAAAUCAUCCAUAGCUGUGAAUUGCUUUUAUUCUCUGAUGGAAGCUGGUCAGGUGGGAGUUGAUGGUAAUGCUGAGAAAUUAAUGGGAGCAUCUCAUGGCCUCGUCAACCCGGCAAGCCUGCCUGCGCAAGUAGAACAUUUUGCCAGUCCUAGAUGUGACUCCACACUGCCAUUUCCUGCAAAUAAGGGGAAGAGCAAGUCCAACCAUCAGGGUUCACAGGAGAGCAAUACACCUCCAAGUGUCUCAAAUUUUUAUGUCUUCAAGAGUCGCUUGCAAGAGUAUGCUCAGAGAGCAGGGAUUCCAACUCCUGUUUAUGAGACUAUCAAGGAAGGCCCUUCUCAUGAGCCUUCCUUUAGAUCAACAGUUAUUGUAAACAAUGUUAGAUAUGAUUCUCUACCAGGAUUUUUUAAUCGCAAGGCAGCAGAGCAGUCAGCUGCUGAAGUAGCUCUCAUGGAACUAGCCAACUCAGUGGACACAAAAUUUGGCAUCACUCAACCAGUGCAUGAAACAGGUUUGUGCAAGAACUGGGUGCAAGAAUAUGCUCAAAAAAUGAACCUCGCCGUCCCAAUAUACGAGUGCCACAAGGACGAGAGACAAGGCAGUACGUUCACAUUUUAUUGUACCCUCGAAAUUGGGGGCAUCAAGUAUAUAGGAGGAUCAGCAAACACAAAGAAGGAAGCUGAGAUUAAAGCUGCGAGAACUGCUUUAUUAGCCGUUCAGUCUGCUGCGUCUGGCUCUGAAGAUCAAGUUGGGAAAUCUGUUUACACUGUUCUUCCAUGCAAAAAGAAGGCAACAGAUCUUGGAAUCAGCACCCAGGAGACUGCAGCAGCCCUCAAACCAGUGAAAAGUCGUUUAAAAAAGCAGCAGCGGAAGAAGAGGCGUGGUGUGAAGUGGGGUAAAUGUGCUAGAGGACAGAUGGCAGGUGGUAUGGAGGCAAAAAUGAAUGGUCCAGAAAGAGUAGAAAUGGCUUCAAGUGAUUCUAUCAGCUCUGAAAGUAAGAUGGCUAAUAAUUUGGAGGUUCGUAUGGAUGGUCAAGAUGGAGAGGAAAUAAACUUAACUGAUGCUGGACCUAAACCAACUGUAAUAGCGGCAAAUACAUGCGAUGGGGGAUCUUCUAAUGGAAAUCCGGAAAAUGGUUUAUCAACAUAG